GUCCUGACAAAUAUUGGCCGGUUAGGGAAGCCAGCAGAAAUACUCCAGCCUCCCACGCAGUCCACUGUCGCUUUCAUCAACAACGUCGGGGUUUUUCAAAGUAGUAGUAUAAAAAUUGCUUUGGCAAGAUCUCGUCUGCUUGUUAAAAAAGUGAAAGGAAUUGCGAAGCCAUGAUCAAGCACUGCAGUCCUCUCGGAAAAAUGGCCGAAAUCACUGAAUUUCUCUUCCUAGGAGGACUGGCAGCAGCGAAGAUGGAAGAUGUUCUCACAACAAAGGGAAUCACUUGCGUCAUUAAUGGUAAGCUUGUCAUUACUUUUUCUUUUCUUAAACGAGUUUAUUCGGCACCAAAUCGUGUCAUUUGUUUUGAGGUUGAUUUUCGUGGGAUGUCCCAUAUCAGGACUCCUGAUUUUUGUUUUGUGCCUAUUAAACUCGAGGGGAACUUGAGCUUAAUUCGGCAUUAAACUCCUCAGUGAUGGUUUCUUUCUUUUUUUAAUUUUGUUAUCCGGAAAGCUUCGGUCGAGGCUCCAGAUAUAAACUACGAAUCUAUUAAAGCCACAAGAAUAAGAUUGGAGGACACUCCGAGCUGCAACAUAGGAAUACACUUUGAUCUAGUGGCCGACAAAAUAGGUGAGCGAUUUUAAUAGCAUGCAGACAGCUGUGCAUUAGCCGCUUUUACCGUUAAACACUGGCUAAAAUCGGUAAGCGUACAUGUAAUUGCGACUAUUAUGAAUUUUUAGCGUAUUAUUUUCAUAUGUCUAUGUUUUUAGAAAUCUCUAAUUUUAAAGUAUUUUAUCUUCUGUUGCUUUGUAGAUAAAGUGCGAAGGGAGCGAGGGAAGGUGUUUGUUCAUUGUAUCGCAGGAAUUAGCAGGUGAACUCUACAACACGAAUUUUAAUUUUUAAUGUAUAAAAACUCGUUUCUUAAAACAAUGAAUUGCAAAUCUGAGGUAACCAAGGAAGUACAAUAUUCAUGAGCUGUUCUUAACAGUUUGGACUUCCUGUUUUUAAUACCUGCAGGCAUUCAUUUUUGUUGGGCUAUUGCAUUUAACACCCGCAUCCCCUCCCCCGUCGGUUGAGGACCAAUGGAAUUCUUCAGGGGUGGAUUAUAAAAAUGGAGGAUUUCUUUAGGGGUAUGGAAAAAAAUAUGAAAUUCCUUGGAGGUGAAGCUUUAAUUUGCAUCAAAAUCUUCACGGGUGAACAGGGAACAAAUUACCUUUCCACAAAAUUCUUCAGGGGUAGACCCAUAUCUUAUGGAGGUCUUCAGGGCCCAGUUGUUCAAAGGCCGAUCAGCGCUAAUCCAGGGUUAAAUUUAAACCUGGGUUUCUUUUUUUUUUGUUCAAAAGCAUUUUCCUGGACCUAAGAGCCUUGAGGCAUGCCAUGUGUUAUCGUAAGCUCUUCAGAUAGAGAGGUGCCUAAUCGAGUAGACUGCUUGCGGUCCUUGAGGUAACUCUCGAACCAUUUAAGAGCCUGACUUGAUGUUGCUAGGCUGCAUAGUUUGAGAAGAAGUGUACUGUGGCAAAUACUGUUGAAGGCCUUGCUGAGGUCUAUAAGGACCAUACCCAUCAGUUGCUGUUGUGAUCGCCCUGAAGAUAUCAUCAGUAACCAAAAGGCUCAGAGUUUCCCUUAGAUCUCACUAUGACAAAGAUCACAUCUAUAGAUUGAACCAUGUUGUCAGACCUUGAUCAUCCAAAGAUGUCAAACAUGACAUUUCCAGUUCAAAUUCUCCACCCUACCCAGGUAAUGGUCAAAUUCCCCACUCCCCCAGCACGAUUGAUAGUGUAAUGCUCGGGGUUUUCCGAGGGGACAUCAAAGUUCCAAAUUCCAAUUAUUGACUGGUGCAUUAUGAAAAUUCAGAACUAUAAUUAUUGUUUCUAAACAAUAGGUUUGUUUCAGAAUAAUACAAUUUUUUUUUGCUAAAUUGGGGGGAGGUGGUUAUUAGGCAGCCCUGUUCACGAUUUAUUGCUAUUAUUCAGAGGGUUCAUUAGGCAUCGGAGAUCGGAGAAUUCUCUGUUUACUACUCUGAAUUCUUGGACUAAUGUUUGGAAGCCUACAUGUGUAUGACAAUUUUUUAUUCAGAUGUGGAUUCUCUUUCAAAUUAUUCUCCUGUAAUGUUUCAUCUUUCUCCCACUGCUGAAAUUCUUAAUGGAAACCCUGAUUAUUGUUAUUACCUCACAGGAUGUGGCUUUCCUGUCCAAUAAUUUUUACCAAUUUUUACACAAUUAUUGAUGGAUUGACCUGCAUCCUUAAGCAUGUUCAGACACAUCAAGCUUGAGAUUGCAUGCUCGCAUUGAUUUCUGGUGUCCAUUGGGCCUAUUUCCUAGUUUCCUAGACUGCUAGACUGUUUCGGAGUAGGUGAUAGGGUGGUAGCAGUCGCAAUAGACCAGGAAGGAUAACCACAGUGUUGCAGCAUGGUGGAGAUGUGUUGCAGUUCUUGCUUGAGCUCAUUAGGAUCAGACACAAUACACUUUGCUUGAUGGAAAAGUGCUUUGUAAUGGCUGUACUUGUGUUGCAAAAGGUGAUGCAAACUGAAAUGCAAAUAUUGAUCUGUGUGUUGGUUUCCUGGACACAGUAGACUUGAGAAAACCUGAUUUCAGCCAAGGAAUGAGAGUGUGAAUUAAGAAAGGGGAUAAUUGAUACCCUUUUUCUGUCUCACAAGUAAACUUGAUGCUCUCGGUUGAUGUGAAUGAAAAACGUAUCAUUUACAUUCUUGGCACACGACACCUCUGUCCAGAGUAGAAACAGGAAAGGAAGAAAAAUACUCUUCCUCAAAUUCCUUCAUGUGAAGGGUGGCUGUAACGAACCAAAGAUACUUGUCUAGUGACUCCAUGGCUGCCAGGCAUUUUUUUUGGUUGGUAGUUAUUUCCUUAUACAGAAAUAGUUAUUAUUUUUAGGCAGAACUAAUGCAGCUUAGUGAUGGUAUCUGAACUCAUGGAGACUAAGAUUGUAGGCUAAGUGAGGCAAAUGGUACUUUGGCUUCAGUGUUUGACUUAGUCAACACAAGUUCACUUUAACUCACAUCUAGUAUUAAUAAGAAGUCCCUAUAAGCUCAAAUUAUGUUGCUUAUUCCUUGAAAAGUGUUGCUGCACUACAGAUGAUAUAUAUAUAUAUAUAUAGUACUGCACAGUGCAGUGCCUUGCCAAAUUGGCAAGAAAUUCUGUUAGUCAAUGGUACAGCAAAGCAGAGACAGACCACCCAAAGCCCCACCAAUCACAGGUUGGAGUAUCUCAGUGGAACCUUUGUACCAGUUGUUUAUUGGGUUGUACCCCAGCAAAGAUGUUGUGCUCCCAUCUCAAGUUACUGGAACUACAUGCUUUGACUGAGAUAGGACUGGCAGCUUUAUAGAGAGUGUUUGAUCCCUAGUCUUAGCAAAUACAUGUAAAUUAAAAUAUUAUAUUUUUGUUGAAAAUUUUCUGUUCCUUUUCUGUUUUAGAUCAGCAACUUUAGUGUUGGCAUACCUUAUGAAGUAUCAAAGGAUGAACCUUAUUGAUGCUCACUCAUAUGUCAAGCAAAGAAGGCCUCUUAUUCGACCGAACUCUGGUUUUUGGAAAGACUUGGUGGAGUUUGAAAAGAAGCUCUUCCAUAAGAACACAGUCAAUAUGGUGGAAUCUAAAAUUGGUGGGUAUAUACCAACCUAUAGUGUAUACACUAGUCUUAUGUGUAUACUUCUCUGAUAAUUACUGCUAACAACCCAUUCAAUCUAUGGUCUCUGCUUUCAAGUUUUUUUUACUUUUGGGAGUUAAUAUGAUAAUGAUAAUGAUAAUGAUAAUGAUAAUGAUAAUAUGUUCCAAGGAAGGAGGGAGGAACAGGUUUCAUUGUGAUCGAGGACUGAGAGUUUUGGAAGCCAAGAAUUGUCAAGUGUUCUACUUCUUUCUUGGAUUACUCUGUUCUAAGAUUGAUGGGUUACCCACUUUAAUUUAGUUCAUACCAAAAAUAAUUAGUCAAGACUGUGAAGCACUAAACCUUUUUUUUAAAUUCUUCUUUAGGUUUGGUUCCCAGUGUCUACAAAGAUGACCUUAAGAAUCUGGUUUGGUGACAGCAGCUAACAAAUUGUUACAUUAAUGUAGCCUAGGAAACUCAUGAUGACUGUUCUUAUAAUUCUUUUUUUUUUCUUUAUUUAAAUGGGAAAUAACUAUCAUUAAAAGGUUGUGUUAUUGCCUAUUACAAACUGAGGAGGUCCACGUAUGAGUUGGUUUAGACUUUUAUUUUGGGAUAAGCAAGACAAGAGCCACGUAGCCAGAAAGAGGAAACUGCUGUUUACAAAUUCUUUAAGUUUGGUUUGUUAUCGGGCCUAUAUUAAACGAGUUACAGGCAUUCAAAAUCUCCAAAAUUUACUGGUAAGAAAUAUGUAGAAGUUUGGGCAAUGUCCCGAAAAUCCAUACAUCUCUACUAAGUAAAUUUUCAAGUAUUUGAAUAGCUGUUUCUUGUUCAAUGUAAGCCUGAUUAACCUUAAACAUGAAGAUUUUGCAAAGCUCGGUAUGCCCUUUCCGACUAUGACAGACUUAUGUUCAUAAUCCCAUAAGGACUCAUACCCUGCCCCUCAUGGUUUGAAAUUAGGCGGUAAUACCAAAAUACCCUUGGCUGCAUAGAGAUCUCACUAUCCUGCAGAAAACAGGGAGUGCAUGACAUCAUCAGAAGAAUACAGAAAAGGAAGUAAGUAGAAGAUAUCGUGUAACAUAAUUGAGUAAAAUCCAAGUAGUGUUCUAUUGUCAAUGCUGCAUUUUGAUUGGUUGAGCUACCAUUAGGCUAUAUGUUAUAUAGCCCACUAGUAGUGAAAAGUGCCAGCUUUGAAAACUAAAACAAUGGCGGAUGAAUCGCGUUUUGCUAGCUAAAUUUGUUUUGUCUUGAUAUUUUUGACCAGCUAGUUGGAUUUUGCUAAAACAAUUAUUCCCCCAGCCCUCAUGGCCUCUGAGUCAAUAUGAGAAAUAAUUGUUAAAUAUAAUGCGCAGCGAGCAGGAGCAUGUUAAUAUGGGGCAAGGCAUCUACAUUGUUGAAGGUAGCUUUUUGCAACUUGUCUUGCAAUUCUGUUGUACUACAUGUAUAAUGAGACAGGUUGCAUAGGGCAUUGUCUAGUGUAGCACUACCUGAAGUAAACUUGUUUUGCAAUGUUAACGUUGUAGUAUUCACUUAAAAAAUUGCUCGAACUUAAUUCAGUUAUGUGCAGUAUUUGCUGCUUUCAAGUCCUAACUUUAGGACUCUCCCUACUCUUGGUGACCGAGCCUUUGUAGCUGCCGCACCAAAACUAUGGAAUAAUCUUCCGUUAGAUCUUAGACGCACCUCCGAUUUUUAAGUUUUUAAACGUAAUUUGAAGACUCACCUUUUUAAAAAAGCCCUUUUCUGAUAUAAUGUUGUAAUUUAAUGUUGUAAUUUUUUUUUUUAAGGUAUAUUUUUAGAUCUUUAAUAAUAAUUGUAAGGUGCAUUUGAAAACUGUAUAGUUGAAUUUGCGCGGUAUAAAUAAAUGUUAUUAUUUAUUAUUAUUAUUGCGAUGGUACCUUUUUAGACUACUUGUUCAUUUUAGGUUGUGUUAUGUCCCCAGAAAUGUAACUUCCUGGAACAAAACUGUUAUAAUGUAGGUCGUUUAAGAUUGUGGUGUUUAAUGGAUUUCGUAUGAAAUAAUGGUUUAUUCUAUCUUGUGUGCAGACCUGGUGAGCUAUUGACAAACUAUAUAUUGUAAAUUUUGUAUUAUACCUUGAUCUGUAAUAUUACAUUGUAAAUGAAAAAUUGACAUUCCACAGCAAAUCUUGACGUGAGAUAUUACUUCAUAGUUUAACCGUUUCGUUGUGUUGGCACUGCCUUGUUAAAUGACCAAGUCACUCUGGAAAAGACAUUAUUUUUCUAAUCACAAAUAAUAAUAAAGAAGUAACUGACUGUUCUAUAAGCCUUCAAAAUUAAUCUGAUCUUAAUAAAAUUAUUUUACAUAGAUUGCAAAAAUUCAGCAAAGCAAGCCGCCACGAAUGACAUUAUUCCAUUCAAAGGGAAAUUGGCAGGAGGCUGAAAGGGCCGGAAAGUUUGCAGUGGCUACCUUGCCAUAAUUUUUUCUAAUAAAAAUUUGAAAUGAAAUUUAAAGGUGGACCGAAUUUGUGUCAUGCGUGAUCCGACUUCGUGGGUCACUUUGCUGUAUUUUAACAAUCUUUGGAAGAGAAUUUCCUGAGGAUCGGAGUGAAUAAACUUGGAAUGCUCAGACAGCGGUCAGUGACAUAAAAUAUCUUAUUUUGCGAUCACUUUUAUGGAGGAUAUUUGAUUUAAUUAUCAAGGAAAGUUACGACUUUUAUUAUACCCUGCCAACUUUUUCUGAGAUAUAAGCGUGAGAUUUUUAUCCUGGGAGUGCUGGGAUUUUUUAAGACGACACGAUCAUUUCCGAAGAUUCCCGAACAAGUCCGAAGUCUUCCGAAGACGUCCGAAGUCUGCCGAAGUCUGCCAAAGGCGAGCUCGCUCCCAGUGCUUUUCUCUUCAAAAUUCAGAGAUCGCGAGGAAGCUAUUGCCAUUUAUUCAUUUUACACAUGGUUUUCGUUCCUUACAUGGGUCUGAGUUAACAUAUUUUUGGAAAUUGUGUCGAGCAGGACGGCAACAACUCACAUUUUUCAAUCAGGCGUGAGAAAUUGGCCCGCAGGCGUGAGCCGGCGUGAGAUCGAAGUUUUCAACCCGCAGGCGUGAGACUCACGCCUAAGGCGUGAGAGUUGGCAGGUAUACUUUUAUGCUUUGUGCUUGUUCUCAUCAUCCCCCGUUCGCACCGCUUCUCGUUCAUUUCCAGUACCCCGCUUUAACAGUCCGUGCUUCCCACUAUAAAGCCGUGGGAAAGUCUGUGAAGAAAGCAAGAAAAAUAUUGUCCCCUUGAGAUAUCUGUGCAGCGCGCAAUAGUGAUAAGCCAGCACUACUAAACAAAUAUGCACUGCUACAAGUACAGUUUAUGAACUUUAAAAGCAAUUCUUCCCUGCUUAAUAUGAAAAUUUUAAAUGUAUUAAUUUAUUACAGCAACAAAUCUGGCGAACUAUAAUUUCGUCUGUGUCAUAUCUACUUGCUCUCUCAUACAAUUUCUCGCAUGCGCUCCUGUCUACGUUUCUCCGCUUUUAUGCUUGCCGGCACCCUCGGUAACGCGGGUUUGGGUAUAGUGGCAAAUUUUCUUCCGCUUUCAUAAGACGGUCAUGUUCUGUCAUCAGUUCUUGGAAUUCUUUAUGAGUUGUUUCGAAUUCUGUUAACUUUCUUGCUUUACUGCGUCUCCGGCACUAAUUGCAUCUGUAGUCCGAGAUUCAUUUGUUUCCGAGAAUUCUCUUUUUGCGCAGUGGCCUCAAAUUUCGCAGGCCCUCACGCGCCAACUAAGCUUUUUUGGUCAACGUUUAUGUGCUAUUUUCAGCCCUUCGAUCAUCGUGUCUGCUCAAUCAAAUUGCGCGAGCUUGUGAAUUGCUGUAAGUCCUCUUUGCAACACUACGCUGUCGUCAUGGGUUAUUGCCGUCAUAUCUGUGGAGCACGCAAUAGUGACAAGCUAGCGCUACUGAACAAACACGUACUGCUGCAAAUAUUUAUUAUCCUUAAAUGCAAUUCUUCCCUGCUUAAUAACUUAGAUAUAUGGUUUCCUUAACGGAAAGGCCGGGGUGAGGGGGCGAGAGGUAAAAUCCAACUAGUUGCGGUCAAAAAUAUCGAGAGAAAACAACUUUUGGCACUUAAAGCUAGACUUUAAUCCUUUUUUGCUGCCAAAAAGCCCGCGCUACCCCCUAGAUCGGCUACUCGCUCGGGCUCAUGGGCUAUUGACUCAGAGCCCAUAAGGGCUCGAGGAAUAAUCGUUAUGAUGAUGUUGAUGAAGACUGAAAAGGUACCCCUUUCGGGCGGAGCUUCCCCGUAUUUUUAUAAGCCAUUAUAGAGAGUCCCCUCCCCUCCUCGGGCGCAGCUGUUGCUUCCCAUCUCUGCAUAACACCGACCCACCAUAAAGGCAUUUUUGCUUUGCCUCUCUUCUCAAGACCGAGAAGACCUGGGGAUGAGAUAGAUGUAAUCAAAGAUGGCGGACGUCGAUGAUAUGAAACCUCCAUUUUCACUUCAUUCUGUAAGCGUAGAUUCAGAACUUGAUGAUCAUGAUAUGGACUUGUUAGCUGACCACGAAGAUAGGGAACAUAAAAAUCAAGAAGUUUUUGUUUUAAGGGAGAAGAAGGGCGUCAUUUAUCCCUCGGAUUAUAAGUACAGAGUAGGUGAGUUCUGCUGUUUUCUCGCUUUCGUUUCAUAAGCGCGCGCGAUUGACAUAGAUUUAACUCUUGUGGCAUGUGAUUUAAGGGAUUUUGUUUAUAAGAGAAAAGACAAUUAAACGAGGUUGAUCUCACAAAGUGAGCUAAAAUAGUAAAGCUAAAGUUUUUAAAGCAAAUCCUGAUGCAUAAUCAUUUUCUAGAUCUGGAUUAGGUUGCUGAUAAGCUUAAGUGUAAUGAGAAAAGUUGAUAAACGCAGUGUUGUAAUAGAAAUCAUAUCAGCUGCAUGGGGAUCUUCAGAGAGGUUCUGAUGUGAACGGACAUUUGAGGGAGGCAGCAUGGCCUGUGGUUAGAGUGCUGUCCAGACCUUGUAAUGAUUCAGGAAGCCCCCGAGUUGAAGUCCUGCACUGACCACUAGCUGGAUUUGUUCUUGGUAGUCCGGACCUCAAAUCAUUGCAUUGCCAUGCUUGUAAAAUAGCCAACUGGUUCACCUCCUACCAGUUGGAAUUUUUAACUAUGUAAUGUUAUGUUCCAUUUUAGGUAUUAGACCUGCUUUAAAGUCAAAAAUUGACGAUGCUUAUAAAAUUGCUUAUUUGAAAUGUGCUCUUAACAUGAAUGCAAAUUCCAAAAAUGAAGCAUUUUCGUUCAAUAGCCGGUGAGAAAAUGAAGGCCAAAAUUGGUAUCUAUGAGUGCUAUUUUUGGAAAUUAAUAAUCUGACGUGAUGGUUCCCUUUGUUGACAGAACUGUUACAAUUUUCACAACCAGACACAUGACAUUGCACUAUGAGUUUCAAGGAAACUAGGUUGAAUUAUUGCAAAAUUUGCUUACAUUCUGCUUUCCCAAAUAAAGUACAAUUGUUUUGAUCUUUCUUAAUCAUUAUGGCUCCAAAAAGCUUUCUGGAGACAUAUUGGAUAUAUGAUCCUUACAAGGUUGAUGACAGAUAAGGCCUCUGUUAAAUGAUGUAUUGUGCAAAUUAAUUAAGGCUAAAACAUUGUUUACAAUGCCAUAUUGAGAGCAUAUUAUGAAACAAGUUCAGACAAAGAUUUUCGCAUUUUCUCGCCACGUUCCAUGCUACAAUUGGGUUAGGAACAGAGGUUUUCUCGUAAAAAUACAAUAUGGCAACAAAGAAAACAGUGUAGUGGGGAAUUUUGCGGCUGUGUUAGAGUGCACUGAAAACAAAUUGAUGUAAAAAUAUAAGGAUGUACGAUACUGCACUGAAACUUGCCAGGUUUAUUCACAUAAAUUAUGCUAAGGAAAAAUGUCUUAGAUUCCUGGCAGUAAGGGAGCAUUUUGGAAUUUUUGGCAACUGCCUGAAGUCCCAUAGCAUUGCAAAAAAAUCUCACUCUUAUAUCUCCAGGAACAAUUGACAAACAAUGCCAGGAAUUUGUAUAGGUAAUAGCGUGAUUUGUAGUGAUAUUUGGCAUAAAAACCACGAGUGAUAUUUCAAAAUUGUUAUACGUAAUUUCACGAGCCGUUAGGCGAGUGAAAUUUGACACAUUUUUGAAAUAUCACGAGUGGUUUUUAUGCCAAAUAUCACGUACAAAUCAUGCUAUUAUUUGUUUAUACUACUACCUGCAAAAGGUUUGUAAUUUUCACAUGUAGGUAUUUCAAAUUAAGCUGAAAUACCACUGCUGUAAGCCAAUCAAAUUGCAGAAAUUUCUCAUGUAGUAGUAUAAAAAGGUAAAUUAACAAUCUAAGUAUAAGUCAGUUCCAAUUUCUUUUUAUUCCUAGUUUUUGAGGGAAAGCUGGAAAAAAUGCAAUUCUUGAUUUUUUGAGCCUGCGAUAUAAAUGGGGAAUCACACCUUAGGUGAAAAUUGACCCCCCUGAUAUCAAUUUUC